AUGUCUCUACUUUCCAAUACACUGUCUAGGUUUGUCAUAACUUUCCUGCUGAGAAGCAAUCACCUUCUGAUUUCAUGGCUGCAGUCACCAUCCUCAGUGAUUUUAGAGCCCAAGAAGAGGAGGUCUGUCACUGCUUCCACAUUUUCCUCUUCUAUUUGCCAUGGAGUAAUGGGGCCAUAUGCCAUGAUCUUAGUUUUUUUAAUGUUUAGUUUUAAGCCACCUCUUUCACUCUCCUUCACCCUCAUCAAGAGGCUCUUUAGUUCCUCUUUGCUUUCUGCCAUAUCUGAGGUUGUUGAAGUUUCUCCCACUUAUCUUGAUUCCAGCUUGUGA